AAUACGGCUUGAAGACUCCUAAAUAUUAAUACAAUUUUUAAUUUGGUUAUUUUAAUUUCGUGGUGGUUACCAGGAAUUUAAGCCAAAAUGACGGACGCCAAACGCAAUCUGCUGCGGUUCUUCAACCGUCCCACGGAGCCCUGUUUCAUGAACAAGGGCGAGGACAACGCUGCCUUCGAGCUACCUGACCAUUAUUACCCAGAUAAAUACAAAACCGUCAGCUCAGCGCUGGCCAACCGUUUUGGCACCGACGCGUCCGUCACCAUCCCCGUCAGGAACAUCGCGCUGCCCAACCUCGACCUGCCCAUGCAGCUGCCCUACAACGAGCAGUUCUCACUCUUCGUGGCCAAGCACAGGAAGAUGGCAGGGAAACUCAUUGACGUUUUUAUGAGUAUGCGCGACGUGGACGACCUACUGUCCCUCUGCUCGUACUGCCAGCUGCGCAUCAACCCGUACAUGUUCAACUACUGCCUCUCCGUCGCCAUACUGCACAGGCCAGACACUAAGGGUAUCCAAGUGCCCCCCGUGGUGGAGACGUUCCCGGACAAGUUUGUGGACCCCAAGGUGUUCAGACGCGCGAGAGAAGUCACCUCCGUGGUUCCUGCGGGCGCCAGGAUGCCAAUAACAAUCCCAACAAACUACACGGCAGCGGACUCGGAGCCGGAGCAGCGCGUGGCGUACUUCAGAGAAGACAUCGGCAUCAACCUCCAUCACUGGCACUGGCAUCUCGUCUACCCCUUCGAAGCUGAGCGAUCCAUCGUCGCCAAGGAUAGGAGAGGAGAGUUGUUUUACUACAUGCAUCAGCAGAUCAUCGCCAGAUACAACGUGGAGCGCAUGUGCAACAACCUCGGUCGCGUGACCCGCUUCAACGACUUCAGGCAGCCCAUAGCCGAGGGGUACUUCCCAAAGCUGGACUCGCAGGUCGCCAGCAGAUCUUGGCCGCCCAGAUUCGCUAACACCACUCUCCGAGAUUUGGACCGUCCAGUGGACCAGAUUAGGAUCGACGUGUCGGAGCUGGACACCUGGAGGGAGAGGUUCAUCCAGGCCAUCGAAAACGGCUUCAUUGUACUGCCGAAUGGCAGACAGAUCCCCCUGGACGAGAACACGGGCAUCGACGAGCUGGGCAACCUGAUGGAGUCGUCGGUGAUAAGCCGCAACCGCGCCUACUACGGCGAUCUGCACAACAUGGGCCACGUCUUCAUCUCCUACGCCCACGACCCUGACCAUCGCCAUUUGGAACAAUACGGAGUGAUGGGAGAUUCAGCGACGGCGAUGAGAGACCCGGUAUUCUAUCGCUGGCACGCGUACAUUGACGACAUCUUUGUACUACACAAAGACAAGUUGCAGCCUUAUCAGGACAAUGUUCUGGAUUUCCCCGGCAUCCGCGUGUCCUCCAUCAGCGUGGAGGGCGGCGCGGGCGCCAACACGCUCGGCUCGCACUGGCAGCAGAGCCUGGCCGAGCUGUCGCGCGGGCUCGACUUCACGCCCAGAGGCAGCGUGCUGGCUCGCUUCACGCAUCUCCAUCAUGACGACUUCAACUACGUCAUCGAGGUGAACAACACAAGCGGCCAGGCCCGCAUGGGCACUUUCCGCAUCUUCCUGGCGCCCACCCAGGACGAGCGUGGCUCUCCGCUCGGCUUCAACGACCAGAGGAGGCUCAUGAUCGAACUGGACAAGUUCUCUGAAGGAUUGCGUCCGGGCAACAACACGAUCCGGCGACGCAGCACGGACUCGUCCGUGACAAUCCCGUUCGAGCGCACGUUCCGCGCGCAGUCGGCGCGCCCCGGCGACCCGGGCUCCGCCGACGCGGCCGAGUUCGACUUCUGCGGCUGCGGCUGGCCGCACCACAUGCUGAUACCCAAGGGCACUCAGCAAGGGUACCCGGUCGUGUUGUAUGUGAUGGUGUCCAACUGGGAGGAUGAUAGGAUCGAACAAGACCUAGUGGGGUCCUGUAACGACGCAGCCUCGUACUGCGGUCUUCGCGACCGCAAGUACCCCGACCGCCGCGCCAUGGGCUUCCCCUUCGACAGGAGGGCCUCCGCUAACAACCUGAGCGACUUCCUCCGCCCCAACAUGGCGGUGCGAGAGUGCAGGAUCAGGUUCACCGAUGCUGUGCAGCAGCAGCAACAGUAGACUGGUAGACUGGGAUGGAAGACUCAAGUUAAAAUGUCAACAUCAACGAAGGUAGAUACCACAGACUCAAGGGAAUUAUUAGUAGACCAUGAAAGGCUGAAGAAUCGAGCCGAGUUAAAGAAAAUGGAUCUCAGAUCAGGUAAAAUUAUCAGAAACUAGUAGUAUAAAGGAAAUGAAAUAUUUUCGAAUAUCGGCUUGCAAACUGAACCUUUUUAGUUUAUUUUAUAUUAUAGUAAUUUCUCAUAAAGCUACAAACUACUGACAUUUCGGAACGACCACUGCUGAGAAGAAAUGCCGAAAGAAUUAUGACAUAAGGGUUUAUUAUUAUUGUAAUAAAAACUUUUUUACUUGAUUUUAGUCUAUAAAUAUUGAGUAACAAAUUGUAAUGGCGCUGAUAUAUGGACUUCGAUUUUAAUAUAAUUUACAUAAAUUACGAUUAAGAUUAUUAAUAACAAAUGGGUCAUUAGUUUAAGUAGCUGUAUACCUCUAUAAAUAAUUGUAAUUAUUUAGUUGUAAUACUGUUUCAUAAGACUGAAUAAUAAGCCUUUCACAAAA